AUGUUUGGGACAUUUAUGAAUGUUGCGCGACAUGAAGGAUUUCUGGCGCUAUAUAGUGGGCUCUCAGCAAGUCUACUGCGACAAGCAACAUACUCAACAACCCGCUUUGGCGUCUAUGAAAAACUCAAGACUCACUUUACGUCCAAUGGCGAGAAGCUUUCAUUCCCCAAGCUUGUCCUGAUAGCCUCAAUCUCUGGCUGGGUCGGUGGAGCCGCUGGUAACCCGGCAGAUGUGAUAAAUGUUCGCAUGCAAUCAGAUCUCGCCUCGCCUCCGCACCUCAGGCGGAAUUAUAAGCAUGCAAUCGACGGCCUUGUCAGCAUGGGUCGCAACGAGGGGCCGAGCUCGCUGUUCAGGGGAGUAUGGCCGAACACUGUCCGAGCUGCGCUGAUGACGGCCGCACAGCUGGCGACGUAUGACCAGUUCAAGUCAUACCUGCUGCUGUUGCCAAUAUUCAACGAUGGGAUGGCGACCCAUUUCACGGCGAGCUUGUUGAGUGGGUUGGUGGCGACCACAAUAUGCUCGCCGGUUGAUGUAAUCAAGACGAGGGUUAUGGCAGGAACGAGGACAGAUGGAGUGUGGACUUUGGUGAGAGAGAUCACCAAGGCGGAAGGCUUGAGGUGGAUUUUUAGGGGCUGGGUGCCGAGCUUUAUGAGGCUUGGGCCGCAGACAAUUUUGACGUUUAUUGCGCUGGAGCAGCAUAAAAAAGUCUGGAGAUGGAUGCAUGAGGAGAGGCGGUCGAGUGUGACCCUCUGA